AUGAAAAACACCUCACAGGGGGCCCCCAAACAAAACUUCAUAGAGGGGGGCCCCCAGGGGCCCCCUUAUAAAUACCCUGAGGGGCCUCUUGAGGGCUCCAAAGCUAGGCUUGGAGGGGCCCCUGUGGGGUCACCAGGGGGCCCCCCUCAGGUGCCUCCGGGGGGCCCCCCUCAGGUGCCUCCGGGGGGCCCCCGUAGGAGGCCUACGGAGGGCCCCCCUAUGGAGCCUCUAGGGGGCCCCCCUAAGGAACCUCCGGGGGGCCUCCCUGAGGGUCCUCUUGGGGGCCCCGCUAAGGGGGCUUCUGGGGGCCCCGCUAAGGGGGCUUCUGGGGGCCCCCUUGAGGGGCCCCACGAACUGUCGGGAGGGGCCCCCAGGGGGCCCCCUGAGGGCCCCUCUGCGGAACAACAUAAGGGGCCCCCAGGUGAACGCGAGCAGAAAGAGGGUUUAGGAGGGGGGCCCCCCACCCCUCCUUUGGCCCUUCCUUGGCGUUGCUUCGACUUCAACUUCAACGGAGACUUCUGUUUGAGGGGCCUCCCUGUGCUGCUGCCUCCAGGGGGCCCCUUAAGGCCCCCUGAGGAGCAGUGCAACGGUGACACCGGUUGCUCCGUCUGGGAUGCCUCUGUUAUCUUAGCCCGCUUCCUUGAACAACACCUACUGGGGCUGCUUAGCCCCCUCACGGCAAUACCCCAAGGGGGCCCCUCAGGGGGCCCCUCAGGGGGCCCCCGCUCAAAGGGCCCUUCAGAGGUCCCCUCAGAGGGCCCCUCAGGGGGCCCCUCAAGGGCCCCUGCAGGGGGCCCCUCAGGGGGCCCCUCAGGGGAAACGUCAGGGGGCCCUUCAGAGGGUCAGCUAGAAGGCCCCACGGAGGGCUCGUCAGGGGGCUCCUUAGGGGGCCCCCCAAUAGUAAGGGUGCGAGAAGAGCCCUCAGGGGGGCCCCCUGAGGGUUCUUCCUUCCCCCUUAUUAUUGAGCUGGGAGCAGGGAAGGGCCUCGUUGGGCUGGGUGCUGCUGCUGUUCUGGCAGCCUCAGCAGCAAAGGCGACAGAAGGGCCCCCUGCAGUACCUGAGAGCCCAGUGGGGGCCCCAGGGCCCCCUGGGGCCCCCGGGGGGCCCCCAAGUGCGUACAAGUGCGAUGUGCUGCUCACAGACCUUGAUUACUGCCUUAAGGGCCUCCGCACUGCUGUACACCUCAACAGACACUUCGCUCAGCUGAUCCACCUUACAAAUAAUAUACAGGGAGCCCCAAUGGAUCCCCUAGAGGGGCCCCUGGGGGGGGCCCCAGAGGGUACCGCAAGGGGGCCCCUAGAGGGGCCCCUAGGGGGGGGCCCAGAGGGCCCCACAGUGGGGGCCCCCGAAGGGGCCUGCGGUGUUGCUAAGGGGCCCCUGAUGAGGGUUGCAGUGGAGGCCCUUGACUGGUUUUGCCCGGAGAAGUGCGCUGCAUGGGGGCCCCUGGGGGGCCCCCCUGGGGGCCCCCCUCUGAGGGAUGUGUUAGUGGUUGCUGCGGAUGUGCUGUGGCUGAGAGAGCUUGUAGAGCCCUUUGUACAAACGCUUGCUUUCAUAUUAAUUCAAAGAGAGACUACCCUCACAGCAGCAGAUGCUGCUGCAUCUGCUGCUGCUGCAUCUGCUGCUGCUGCAGCUGCUCCUGCAGCAGCACGGACGCCUUCAAAGGGGGCCCCACAGGGGCCCCAAGAGGGAUUAGCAGAAGCAUCAGGGGGGCCCCCCGAGGGGGCCCCUCUUAGGGGCCCCCCUUCAGGAGUUCAAGGGGCCCCGCAUGCAUUAAAAGAAAAGCAGCUACGUCUGCCUUUUGCUAUUAUUGCACAUCAGACGCGUUGUACAGCAGUAGAUAAUCUCUUCUUUACCCUUUUAAAGAAAUAUAGUCUCUCUGCUAGCCUCCUAAGCUACGGGGGCCCCCAGGGGGCCCCUCUAGAGGGGCCCCUCAAUUCAAUUAAGAUUUAUAUAAUUCAAAGAGACGAUACUCAUUAA